AGCGAAGCUUGGCACGUAUCGAAUCACAGUCGAUUGUAGAUUCGCACACGACCGACGGUUCCGCAAAGUUAGGGAAUAAAGAAAAAUCGUUUGUUUAUUUAUUAAUUUGUUAAUCAAGAUGAAUAAAACAACGCUGUUACUGCUGGCUGCCUUCGCCUUCGUCCAAGGGUCACCAAUACAAGGAAGUGAUAUAUCCAAUGCUGCUGCAGAUGGAGACUGGGAUUUGGUACACAAACUAAUUAGAGACAGAUUCAAUGACAGGACUAUGUUCGAGCCAAGUAUCUCAAGCGGGAGCGUGCGCAGCCUGAGGCCCCCAGGCCCUGGCGGCCACGUGUACGGCGAGGCCGAGUACGCCUUCCACGAGUCAUCCAACAUAAACGGCAAGAAAACCGAAAGGAGCGGCGGCCACAAAAUCAUCAAUGACAACGGCAAAGUGCAUGAAUACGAUUUCGUUCCGAAAUUUUAAGCUGAGAUCGCAUUCAUUGCCUGCUACUUACUAACUUUUACCGCACACUUAAAUCAGUUUGUUUUCAAAAGUGUGAAUCGAAUGUCCGUGAAAUUUAUUAAGUUUGCUAGCUAUUUAGAGAGUUGCUAAACUGAUAGUAAACACAUAGAACGCCUUAAUAGAGAAUGUAGAUUCGUAAUAACAGGAUUCUCUCAACUAUAACAAAAUUUAAGGCGAUAGAUAAACAGCUUGUCCCUAUUAUUUUUGGACAACAAGUUGAACCCAAAAAAUUAAAUGGAAGGGAAUCUCUGAGAAGUGUAAGGUUACUUUCGAUCUAAAAAAUAUCUAGAAGCUCUUAUGGAUAAGAGAGGACUUCAACUAAAUGUUAAAUAGAGCAUUUAUUUAAGAGUAAAUAAGUAUACACUAUGCAGAUUUGCGAUUUCUUUCUCAAACUAAUUUUGUUCAAUAUUAACGAAGUCUGUAUGGAAAAAUACUGCUUAUAAUUUACCCUUUCAACCUAAUAUCUUCUCAAUUGUAUACAACGAUGUCAACAUUUUUUUUAAUAUUGGUAGCAGUUUUUGAAUUAUUUAAAUUAUUAAUUUAGUUUUUAGGAGAUUACAAUAAGUGCCAUUCUUAAUAAUAGAUAAUGUUAAAAAAUUACAUUAUUAUAUGACGCAUUCAAACAUUGUAAGAAGUCAUAAAUAUAAUACCAACGACAGUACAAUCAAAUUUAACAUAUUAUGUACUUAGCUGUUAGCUGCUUCUAUCUGAUAUACGAGUAUAAUGUUGAUGAACAUUGGUGGACUCACUUUCUAUAUUUUUUGAACUAUAAUUCUUAAGUAGUGUUAAACUAAUGGGUUAAACAUAAUAUAACCAAAAAUUGUCAUAUCGCUAACAUCGUGCUAUCGUAAAAUUAGCAAAACAUCAAUUACCCCCACAAAUUGUUUCGAUUGUGAAUUUCAAACAUAUAAAAAUCUUAGUCUGGAAAAUUAUGGAAAAUUGAUUUAUGGGUGUCUGUACAUACAUGAUACAUACUUAACAAAAUACAAACAUGCAUUAGAAUUGAAUUUUUGAAAAAUGAUUUUGUAAUGGAUUCAAGCUACGUUGUAACUAAGUUCAAAUCUGUGAAACUGUUUUAUGGACAAUAUUAUAAAACUAAUAUCUGUGAUUUAAAAUCUAAAAAUAUGAAAUUAAAUAAUAAUUAGUUAUAUUAUU